AUGGCAGCUGCAGCUGGGGGAGCCGAACCUUACAUACCUCUUGCCGGGUGCGCCGACGAUGGCUGGACAAAAGAAGAUCAGGCGACAGCCACAUGUUACUGUGGUGGAGUGCAGUUGGCAUUUCCAACGCAAGGCCCAGGCCUAAUCGACACGUUCACCUGCCACUGCACAGACUGCCGCAAAAUCACCGCGUCUAUGUUCGCAACCAAUUUCAUCGUCGCAGACACGUACCUCAAACAUAUACGAGGUGAAGAAACACUCAAGAAGUUUAAACAGUCGAAAACUAUUGCUUCUGGCAAGCCUAUGACAAACUGUUUCUGUUCCACGUGCGGUACGCUCAUGUACCGUGUCAGUAAUGCUUUCCCGGGACACAGUAUCUUGCGUACCGGCACAGUGGAUGAUUUCAAUCUGCAUGAAACAAAAUUGAAGCCUAGGUUUGAGGUGUAUACGAAGGAUCGGGUGGGAUGGCUCUGUGGUGCGAACGGCGUUGAGCAGGUGGAGGGAUCGAAGUAUAUUCCAAAGGCUACUGAGUCUUCAGAACUUUAA